GGUUCAGCCUGUGUUGCUGCAGUCUCUUCUAAAUGAGAUUAGUAGAAGGAAACUGAGACGUGCGUCACGGAUUGAAAUCAGCGGAGAGCGUCGGGCAGAGAUCAGAGGCAGCGCUGUGUGGAAGCAUGAGCGUGAUUCUACUAACAUCACCAUAAAGCUGUACAAGGACACGCGUGAAACAUGGCUUCUUACUUACAGAUAGCUGAUGAUGAUACUGGUUAUGAUCUGAGUCUCUUUUGUGUACCCAAACACUAUGAAGAAGAUUUACACAGUGUGAUCAUUCCCAAUGGUCUUAUUAAGGACAGGACUGAGCGGUUGGCAAGAGAUAUUGUUCGUGACAUGGGAGGACAACAUAUUGUUGCCCUGUGUGUGCUGAAAGGAGGGUAUAAAUUCUUUGCAGACCUGAUGGAUUACAUUAAGGCACUGAAUCGAAAUAGUGAUAAGUCUGUGCCAUUAACUGUGGAUUUCAUUAGGCUAAAGAGCUACUCAAAUGACCAUUCGACAAACUGUGUUAAGGUUAUCGGAGGUGAUGAGUUAUCGACCCUUGCUGGAAAAAAUGUGCUGGUAGUUGAGGAUAUUGUAGAGACAGGAAGGACUAUGGAAACUCUGCUGGCAUUAUUACAUGAAUAUAAUCCCAAAAUGGUCAAAGUGGCCAGCCUACUUGUAAAAAGGACACCAAAGAGCUCAGGAUAUCGUCCUGAUUACAUUGGCUUUGAGGUUCCUGAUAAAUUCCUGGUGGGCUAUGCUCUAGACUACAAUGAAUAUUUCAGGGAUUUAAGUCACAUCUGUGUAUUAAGUGACGGAGCAAAGGAAAAGUACAGAGUAUGAGAUGUACCAAAGUGCUGCAUGUAUGAAGAGUAAGAGCACUGUGAGCCUCGCCUUUAUGGCAGGAUUGGUUAUGAAAAGGUUUUUUGUAUAUUUUGCAAUUUCUCAUGCAGUAGUUAAAUAAUUGAAAAAGGACCGUUAAAUCUUAUGGUUUUGUUUAGAGUCUUAGGUCUGUGGUUAAUUUGAGCAACUUUAUUUAUUUAUUAUAGAAAGCGUUGUUUUACUUGUUUCAUUUUAUGUGUCUACUGAGGCCUUAGAUGCACUUAAAUAUAUUUGUUAUAGAGGCACCUACCUUUAUGGUAGUGAUUGAUUCCUCAAUGUUUAGAAAGAAAGAAAAGAAGGACUGUUUAUAAAUAAUGUUCUAUAGUUUAUUAUUACCUAAGUAACAGAUUGUAAAAGUGGGAGUGGUUUAAGACCUCCUGGUUUACUGCAAUAAACA